AUGCAUGGGGCAGUUGAUCUUCCGUGCCACCACACGUUUUGUAGUGAGUGUAUUCGACGAUGGUUGAGUGUGAAAGAAAUGUGUCCAAUUUGUAAAAGACGAACGAAACAACAAGAAAUUGAAGCGAAUAUUGAAAUUCAAGAGAAAAUCACGAAGAAAAGAAGAGGAGAAGAAAAGAAAAUAGAGAGAAUAGGAAGCAGACAAUAUAAUUUUAUGAAAGAAAAAAAAAUACGAGCAGAAAUUAAAGAAUUUGGAUUAGAAGUUAAAGGAACAAAAGCAGAAUUAAUUAAAUAUCAUAAAGAAUAUUGUUUAAGAGUUAAUAGUGAAAGUGAUGCAAUUGAUCCAAUUCCAAUUGAACAAAUUCGAGCAGAAAUUAAUCAAAGUUAUCAACACACUAAAGAAGAAAAAAAGAAAGCAAAGAAAAGGAAACAAGAAAACACAGAAAGAGAUAAAACACUUAUUAAAUGGAUGAUUAAAGAUAUUCUUCAAAGGAAGAAACAUUCAAAUCUUCAUACUUGA